UUUCAUAUUCCACAAAUUUUAUAGUACAUUUAAAUGAACAUUUAAUCACCAUCACUUGGUCUCUUGUGUGUUACAGGCAGCUCAUCGCUAACAUACAACACUGCAUCUCACACUGACCAGCCCCCGCGCCUGGCCGCUAAGGAAGACACCUCAUACGAAUCAGCACGGAGGACAGGGUGGUCGAACAACAUGCACAGUGGAAAAGGCCCGCCGGCGGUCACACAGAGCAUGUCCAAGACUCCUGAGCAGCAGCAGAGGACACAGCCAGAUCCCUACCAGAUCCUGGGCCCCACCAGUAGUCGGUUAGCUAACCCAGGUUCGGGUCAGAUCCAGCUGUGGCAGUUCCUGCUGGAGCUGCUGUCGGACAGCGCCAACGCCGGCUGCAUCACGUGGGAGGGCACCAACGGCGAGUUCAAGAUGACGGACCCGGACGAGGUGGCGCGGCGCUGGGGCGAGCGCAAGAGCAAGCCCAACAUGAACUACGACAAGCUGAGCCGCGCGCUGCGCUACUACUACGACAAGAACAUCAUGACCAAGGUGCACGGCAAGCGCUACGCCUACAAGUUCGACUUCCACGGCAUCGCCCAGGCGCUACAGCCCCACCCCACGGAGUCCUCGGUCUACAAGUACCCCUCGGACCUGGCCUACGUGCCCCCCUACCACGCCCACCAGCAGAAGGUCAACUUCGUCUCCCCCCACCCCCCCUCCAUGCCCGUCAGCUCCUCCAACUUCUUUGGACCCACCGCCCCCUACUGGAGCUCGCCGGCAGGGGGGAUCUACCCAAACCCCAACGUGCCCCGCCACCCCAACUCUCAUGUGCCGUCCCACCUGGGCAGCUACUAUUAAAAUUCCCCCCCCCCCCCCCAACCCCGCCCUCUACUCCCAACCCCCCGCACUCACAAACAGAGGCAGGGGAAGGGCGACCACCUUUACAUCUGAAAAAACCUCUGAAACUGCCUGAAUGAAAUGAAAGAUUAAAUUAAGGAUUUACUUUUCUCAAAAAGAAGGAAUACAAUGGAUUUCACAAUCCAGUCUUAAAUGGAGUACUACUUAAUCGUAUGUUUAAAAAAAUAGACUGUUUUUGUUUAUGUGUGGGGCCGGGGAGGGCUGUGUAUGUUUUUUGUGUGUUUUUGUGCCUUCCUCCAUUUAAAGCUGCACUCGGAGCUGGGGUAUUACCCCUCUGCCCCCUCCCCAAAAACUGUACCCCCAUAUCAUGGGCAUUAUGGGACCACAUUGGCAUUUUAACUGUUGUGUUCUGUGCCAGACUCUGUCCUUGGCUUCCCGUGGGUCUUGAAUUGUCCAGUCCCCAAAAAACCCCUUUGAGCCCCACCGACACAGUUUCUAAUGACGUUGAGUCAGCUUGUCCGUCCGUCCAUAUCCCGUCUGGACCGCCCCCACUGGAGCUGACAGGGCACUCCAGAGGAGGGAAAAAAGGAUAACAGAGGACAUCUCGUGCUCUGGAGGGAAAUCUGGCAGCUGGAGAUUUCUCCUCCAAACUGGAGACUUUUCCUCCAAACUGGAAGUUGGAGAAACCUGAGCUGGAGUGCUGUUUUUUUAAUGUUCUAAUUUUUAUUUUUUUGUCCAUGUUGGGGCGGCCUCAGGAAAUGAAACCAGUUGGCAUGGAAACUACAAGAUAUAAGAGGUCGCUGUGGCCCCUGUGCUGUGGCACAGGCUGGUAAUAAUGUGAAUGCUCUGCAGUCCCACCGGACCACACACUCCCAUCCCUCACCCCCCAGCAGGAACUUUCUUGGGGAGCCCCCGUGUCCCUGCUGGCCUGCUGCCACGGGCGGUGAGUGCCCGCAGCUUCUGCCCAGCCUGACAGACAUCUGGGCUCUGGACUGAGGCCACUUCCUGUGCAGCUCCUGGGAUAAUAAAAUAGAGAUAAGACAGUUCUGACCUCAUCUUACGCUCAGAAAACAGAGAGAGGCACUCCGCCACUCACAGAAUAUGUUGGUAGCAACCAAGAGAACAACAACAUCGGUAACUGGUUAGUUACUUUCUGGCCGUACUUGCUGGGCCCCUGUGGAUAUUAGCCAGGAAGAAGGAAAAUAUCUAUUAUUCUACUAGCUGUUACCAAUAUACUCUGAUUGAUGGAGCUCAUCUCUGUUUAUUCACAUAAGAUAGGAGCACAACUGACUUAUACCUAUGUUAUUACCCUUGUAGAGUUCAGAGGUGCAUUUUCGCCAUGUUAACUGCACUCCCACAUUUCACUCUAUGUACCAUUAUAGAUUUCUGGUUGUGUGCCAUUAUUUCAAUUUUUAAAUCAGUCAGUAGGGCUCCUAUUUUACUGGUAAGGAUUCCUAUGAACAGCCGAAUUCAGAGAGGUUGUAUCAUCCGGUUUUCCUAUAACAUAAACGCCAAACAGUGAAGAAACAGAGAACUCCUCGGAUUCGCGAACGCUGUGCGUUCGUCAGAACUAUUUCCUUCUUUUUGUUUUUCUUUUUUAACAUUGGUCAACUAAGCGUUAAAGCAACUUACUGUAUAAAUUAUGCAGAUUUAUUUUCAUAUAUGACAGUAUUAAAAGAUCUUGAGAAUUAAUACGAGUUGACCUCGGUCAAAAAUGCAAAUUUUUUGGAAAAGAAUCAGUAACUGAUAUGUGAUAUGUACAUCGUUAUAUUGUUUGUUUAUCUGUACAUUUGGGCAAUAGGUUUUUUUUUUUUUUUUUUUUAACUGACUUUUAAUUGCAAAUAAGCAGCCCCAGAAACAGUAGUCACUCACUAAUUUGCUCACUCUGUCUUGGCCAGUGAGCUCCUUCCCCAACGUAAUGACAGUACCUUGGUUUUACCACUAGAUGGCACUAAGAAAGGGGACUUACCAAAGUAGUCAAGCCAACGCCGACAAGUGUCCAUUACUGCUUUCAUUUUUACACUGAAAACAAAUUGUUUCUGCCAGUGCCUUGCUGUGGCUAUCGAUAUACAAUCCCGAAUGCCUUAAAGCAUCUACCCACAAUUUAAAAAAGGGAAAAAAUUCUUGUCAAUUCCAUAAGACAAUCUUUUCAUUUGAUACAGGAGUUAUGGACUUUUAUAAAUGUUAGUAAGUAAAUAGCAUCAGUGCUUAAAAAUCACCCAGUUCUAUUCAAACAGAAGGCAGCUUCCCUCCAUGUGUGCAAAGGGACCCGAGACGCCAUGCAGACAGCGUAAGCAACACUUAAAAGGUUUUGUACUGCAGCCUCUAUUUGAUUUAUUAUGUUGCGUUAUGCAAAUAAAAAUAAGGGAAACACUUUAGAUGUAGCAUGAACGCAAUAAUCUGAAAAUUGUAACCCGUUUCCAUUUCUUAGCACCAUGGCUAGUCAGGGAAAGGGGGAAUUUGCUACUUUAUAUAUGCAAUGUACUUUGGAUAUUAAAUAUAUAUAUAUAUAAUUUUGCAAGUAAUCUUUCUUUUGUUAUUACUGUUUUUCCUGCAAUAUAUUAUGUAUUACCUUUUGUAAAAGGGUUGUUGUAUAGGGGAAAUGACAAAAUAAAUGUGUUUUCUUCAAAAAAUAAAAAGAACACAUAUUUUUCUCUUGUUGAAAUAAGUCAAAAUAAACUCACCUUUUCAGCCAA